AAAUGGAAUUAUAAUUGGGAUAAUCGUCAACCAUUGGCCAAGGAUGACUCUUCUAAAAAUACAGUCAUAUCAUCCGAUCAAUCUGCAAUGCCUACAGCUUCUAGGAUGAUUAUUUUGAUACGUCAUGGUAAUUAUAAUACUCGCGGUUUGGAAGACAGUGAUAGGAAAUUAACAAUUUUAGGUCAUCAACAGGCUCAUGUCACUGGUAAAAGACUACAAUCAAUACUGACAAUGCCGGUGGAUAACGUCUAUUAUUCUACCAUGACACGAGCUACGGAAACUGCCAACAUUAUUAAUCAAUACCUGAAAUAUAAACAUAUACAAAAUUGUUCAUUAAUUGAAGAAGGUGCACCAAUCCGUCCAGAACCUCCUCUAUCAUCCUAUCGACCAGAUGAUUAUCAGUAUAAAGUUGAUCAUGCUCGAAUAGAAAGUGCUUUCAGGAAAUAUUUCCACCGAGCUGAUGUCGACCAGAAGGAGAAUAGCAUUGAUGUCAUCAUUUGCCAUGCAAAUGUAAUAAGAUAUUUCGUUUGCAGAGCUCUCCAACUGCCACCUGAGGCUUGGCUGCGGAUUAGUAUUGGACACUGUAGUAUAACUACAGUUGUAAUUCGACCAUCUGGUCGUGUAACACUGCGUGGUUUAGGAGAUAUUGGACAUGUACCUCCUGAUCUCAUCUCA